CGAGCGUGAGGCGUGCGGGGUUUCAGUGUGGGCGCGUCCGGGGUGGCUGUGUGCACGCCGGAGGGGGGCGUGGCUGACGAGGAGCUCUGCGGAAUCCUUGGAGCCGGCUGCGGCAGGCUACGAUCUCGGCAUCCGGGCUCUUCACUUUGCAGGUGGCUGUGGGAUCUUGGCCUCGGAAGCACGCCGCUCUGGCCGGUGCAGAUCCUCUGACCCUGGCGGUCUCAGGGCUUUUAUAUCUUAUUUUCAUGGAGGAUAUUGUUUUGUGCAUCGGGGAAGUACUUCUCACCUCAUAAGAUGAGUAAAAUUCCUUCAUGUAGCUGGGUGGUGGUUGUAUGCCAACCUGCUCCACAGAGUGAGUUUCAGGACAGCCAGGGCUACACGGAGAAAACCUGCCUUGAAUAAUUUUUUUUUUAAUUCCUUCAGGAUUGCAUCUACCACAUGGCAGCCCUGUCCCCACCACCGCCUGGUCCCACGUUUGUCCUCCGAGGCACACAGUCACCUGUGAACACGCUGCAUUUCGGCCCACCAUCCCAAGCUCUGGGGAGCCCACUCCUUUUCUCAGGGUCUCAGAGUGGCCUGGUGCACAUCUGGAGCCUGCAGACCAGAAGGACAGUGGCCACCCUGAAUGGCCACGAGGGCCAGGGUGUGACCUGGUUGAAGACACUGCCCCAGGGGCACCAGCUUCUCAGCCAGGGCCGGGACCUGCGGCUGUGCCUGUGGGACUUGGCAGAGGGCAGGAAUACCAUCCUGGAUGAAAUUCAGUUGGACAGUGUGGGCUUCUGCAAGAGCUCUGUCCUGGCCAGGGGACAGCUAUGUUGGAUGCUUGCUGUGCCUGGGAAGGGCAACAGUGAGGUUCAGAUUCUGGAGAUGCCAUCCAAGACAUCAGUGUGCACCCUGAAGCCGGAGGCAGAUGCCAAGCCAGGCAUGCCCAUGUGCCUGGGGCUGUGGCAGACUAACUCCAGUCCCCGCCCACUCCUUCUGGCUGGCUAUGAGGAUGGAUCGGUAACCCUGUGGGACAUCUCAGAGCGGAAGGUGUGCAGCCGAAUCGCCUGCCAUGAAGAACCUGUCAUGGGCCUUGACUUCGACUCUCAGAAGGCCAAGGGCGUCUCAGGCUCUGCCGGGAAGGUACUAGCUGUCUGGAGUCUGGACGACCAGCAGUCCCUGCAGGUGUGCAAGACUCAGGAACUCACCAAUCCUGGGAUUGCCGAAGUCACCAUCCGGCCAGACCACAAGCUCUUAGCCACAGCAGGCUGGGACCAUCGCAUCCGAGUCUUUCACUGGAGGACAAUGAAGCCACUGGCCGUUCUGGCCUUCCACAGUGCCUCUGUGUGCUGUGUGGCCUUUGCCACUGAUGGAUUGCUUGCUGCAGGGUCCAAGGACCAGCGCAUCAGCAUCUGGUCACUCUACCCCUGCCCAUGACUCAGCUGUGGGAUGCUGCUGUCUUACUCCAGUCUUGACCCAGCCCUGUGGAAAGUCCUCAGUGGCCUCUGAGGACAGCAAGUUGUGGCCAAAGGUCUAUGAGAUCCACUUUCUUCAUAAGGUUCUCUGUUGCUUUUGUGACUUACCAUUCAGAGGAGAGUACCUGAUGACAGACACCUGGCACCUGUAGCUGGGGCCUGGUAGUAAGGUCAGCCUAAACAUAUUUGACAAUAAAUUUCCCGUUGCCAACAUGGAGGCUCAAGGAGGGAACUUUCCAUAGAGAUAUCCCUGUGUUCUCCUCUUAGGGUCAGAGCAGUCAAAGCCCCAAGGAGGCCCAUUAGCAGUCUUACUUUUAAGCCGGCAGUUCUGGGUGCAAGUACACAGGGCUUGGCCCUGGGAGGCUGUUGGUCCCGCAGUGGCUGUCUGCCACAUCCUCCUGACUCAGUGUCCCAGAAAUGUCUAGGAAGCCUUAACAUCCAGGACUGAGGCCAGGGUGAGGAAACUGGGCUCCAUAGAGAGGAAGGGAGGCAGGAGUGGGUUCAUGGGGGGUGACCAGUGGUCAUGAAAGGAGGCGCUGUGGGAUGCAGUACAAGGCCAGAAGACCAAGAAAGGAGGCCUAGCCUCUGGCAGGAGAAGGUAAAGGGGACAGGCCACAAGUCCAGGGCACAGCAUAGCCCUGUGGGACACGGAGGAACAACGCCUACUUCAGAGUGAUACCCAAAGACACUUUGAGUAUGUGGCUGACUGGCGGGCAGCCUCUGAGGUAGUAUUGACUGGGGGGACCAGACUGCAAGGGUGAGGAUGCAGCUAAGGAGUGGGGACCUCGGACCUUUUGUCUUCCAUCAACAGCAGAAGAAUCCUGUACCCCGAAGAGCUGAAAUGCCCUGGUGCUGCCCUGUCAGGCUCUCCUGAUGUUAGAAUCUCCGCCUCUGGUCUGUAACAAAACACGACACGUGGCUUCCAAAGCUGAAUGUGUCUGUGCCGAAAGGAUUGCACUGCCAUGGUACAGCCUAAUGUCCCCAAGCUGGGGGACAUGUGGGAGGACAGGAGUGUGUGGUCCCCAUGAGAUACAUGCCGCAAGAACUGUGGCGUGGUGCCACAGCUCCAGAGCCACAGAAAGCCCAGUUGGAUCGGUGGCAAGUUGGUUAAGUGUGGUCGAAAAGAUGUGUGUACAUGGAAAGCUAAGAAGCCCAAUUGGAGAGGAGACGGUUGGGAGGUGGGAAUGUGGCCGUCUGUAGGUGGGUUGGGAGGAUGCACGUGCCUUUUGCCCCAUACUGAGGGAGGCAGUUGCCACAGGAGCCCUGAGAUGUUACACAGCAGCUGCAGCCCCAGCCCCAACUGCAGUGGGUAUCUAAGCUGCCAGGUGUAUAAAAGGUGGCACUUGCUCACCAAGGACAGGUGGGAAUACUUCCUGUAAUAGGCUAUGAAUUGGGAGCCACUUCAGCAGAAUCUGACCUGCAGUGCUCUACAACAGGGCUGGACAUCCUGGAGUCCCUAGAGACAGGGCAGGCCAACUGAUCCACAUAGGCAGAAGCGUGUAGACCUGGUGAGCAGUCUGACCCAGUCCCCAAAGCAGCCCUUGGUCACAGGCACAGAAGAAAGACACACUGCUCAUCCCUCUCCAGACUUCCCCAGGAGACCUGACACCCUGUCCCAAAGUUCCUGUUUGUGUUACCCUGAUUAAGUUCUGACACCAAGUCCCUAAAUAUUAGGCCCUGUAGCUUCGAGCCUCUGAAAUCAGGACAAGGCCCCAAGUUUCUCAAAGUAAAAGGUGGGUUGCCUCAGCCUCCCUCUACCCUCCUCCAGAAUUUCUGAAGGAGGGGAGAAAAAAAGAAAGGACAAAUGAGAAGGAGACAGGGAGAUGUCAGUGUCUUGUGUAUUUUGGGCAGAGAGAAAAGAGCAUGCCUGCUACAGUUCAGAUGUGAAAUGUCCCCAUCAGCCUAUGUGUCUAAAUGCUUGGUCCCAGAUGGUGGCUCCAGUUGGGAUGGUCAUGACCCUAUAGGAGGGAGACUCUGAAAGAAAUGGGUCCCUGGGGUGAGUUUAUACCUCAGCCUCUGUCCUCCCUACUGCCCUCCCUGACCAGAUGCAGUGUGAUCUGCCACUCACCAUAAUGAACUGUGUGCCCUCGAACCAUAAGCCAAAUAAACCCUUCCUACCUUAAGUUGUUUCUACUCAGGUGUUUGGUCACAGUGCUGAGAAAGACAACUAAUACAGCAACUCUCCAUCCUCAGGUCACCCAGGGCAGGAGUGAAGACUCACAGAGUCACAGCUAUCUGUGUUGUGGGAUAAUCGUUUUGUACACUGUGAAGAUGUGUCUCUGCCUAAGGAGCCUUCUCAAUGCUUUAAUAAAGAGCUGAAUGGCCAAUAUCUAGGCAGGAGGGAAUAGGCGGGACUUCCAGGGAGAGGGGAACUAGGGAAGAAUCUGAGGCUUGUGGAAUUAAGCCAUGGGGACUUAGAGGGAGUCAGAGGUACAGUAUGGAGGAGAGGUAAUGAGCCACAUGGCAGAAUGUUGAUUAAUAUAAAUGGAUUAAUUUAAGCUAUAAGAGUUAGUUGGGAACAAGCCUAAGAUAAGGCCAAGCUUUCAUAAUUAAUAAAUAGUCUCUGUGUCAUUAUUUGGGAACUAAGAAAGUCCAACAGCAUAUCUGUUUGCAGGGGCUGUAGGGUGGUCAUGGAGUCACGGUCCAGGCUUCAGUGACCCCCGUAAGAGAAGUUGCAGUGGAGCCUGGACAGAGGCAGGUGGAUCUCAGCCAUGCUGUGAAGUCCCAGCAGCAC